AAUAAACGGGUUAUCAUUAGUAAACCCAGAAACAGGGACGUGGCUGAACAGCUAUAAUUGUUCUAGAAUAUUCUCUGUCGUUUUAUACACCUCAGUUUGCGACAAAACACGCACAGGUUUCGUUUUGCAAAGCGACCCAAAGAGAGUGUGAGCUUUUUUCUCUCUCCCCUCUCUUAGCAGCUUCUAGAAACGGGAAGGCGUUAUAAUUAAGGGGUGUUACUAGGACAGGUAAUUGCAACCCCCCCUCCUAUAUUAUCAGGACUACCACAGUGGGGUAUCUCUGUGUGCGUGCUUUUGCAGCCGGCGUCGCACCCGUUUGCCUGAAAUUUUUUAAAAUAAAUAGAAUAAUAGCCAAGGACGGUUUUUAUCAAACCCAGAAGUCGCCACCUCGAUGGAUCCUCAGAAGAUCUCGGAGCUGCGGGUCUUCGUGCAGCUCUGCAAGAAAAACGCGGCCGUGCUGCAGCAGCCCGAGAUGAAGUUCUUUCGAGACUGGAUCGAGAGUUUGGGUGGAAGAAUCCCUCUGAUUAACAAUGAUGAUGAUUCACCAAAGAAGGCGAAGCCCGACCAGGGCCCACAGUCCAAAUUCAAACCAGAACCAGAACCAGAAUCUGAGAGCGAGGAGAGUGAAUUGGAGAUUGACAACGAGGGAGUAAUCGCACCCGACACCGAUGAACCUCAGGAGAUGGGAGACUUUGAAAACAUAGAGGUUACUGAUGAAAUGAUAGAUCAAGCCAAUGAAAAGAAGAUGGAUGCAAUGAAUGCUCUGGGAGAAGGUGACCUACAGAAAGCCCUCGACUUGUUCACAGAAGCCAUCAAGUUGAACCCGUGUCUGGCUAUUUUGUACGCCAAGAGAGCCAGUGUGUUUGUUCGGAUGCAGAAGCCGAACGCUGCGGUGAGAGACUGCGACCGAGCGAUCAGCAUCAACCCCGACUCGGCACAGCCCUACAAGUGGAGAGGCAAAGCACACAGGUUGCUGGGGCGCUGGGAGGAGGCUGGGAGAGAUCUCGCGAUGGCUUGUAAGCUGGACUACGAUGAGGAGGCGAGCGCCAUGCUGAAGGAGGUCCAGCCCCGGGCUCUGAAGAUCGCAGAGCACAGACGCAAGUAUGAGAGGAAGAGAGAAGAGAAAGAGAUCCGAGACCGGAGAGAGAGAGUGAAGAAAGCAAAGGAGGAGCACGAGAGAGCACAGCGGGAGCAGGAUGAGAGGGCGGAGGCUGGCGGUCCACACAGAGGAUUCCCAGGAUUCCCUGGGUUCGCUGGUGGUGCUGGUGCUCCUGGGUUUCCUGGGUUCCCUGGUGCUGCUGGUACCGCUGGUGGUUCUGGAGCCGGUGCGUUCAACAUGCCAGGACUCAACGAGAUCUUCAGCGACCCGGAAGUGCUCAUGGCCAUGAAGGAUCCUGAAGUCAUGGCCGCGUUUCAGGAUGUUGCUCAGAACCCCGCCAACAUCUCCAAAUACCAGGGCAACCCCAAAAUCAUGAACCUCAUGGGCAAGCUGUCCUCCAAAUUCGGGGGUGCGCAGCCCUAGGGAACCUGGGCAGGCUGGCGGGGUGGGGCAGGGCGGAGGGUACCCCAACUUUACAAACCUUAUCUGGGGAGCGGGGUUGGGCUUGAGGGGACUAAUCUGUUCCUCCUUGUAUAGAUUUAAUAUUUGAUUCAAUUCAGUAGAGCUCUCAGAAUCUAAACUUCAGAUUCAGCGGAGUGGCGCCAUUAUUAACCUGUCCUGUGACACUCUGCUGCCCUCUGGUGGAAGAGAGAAAUACAGCAGUGUUGUACCAGUAUUAACCUGCCCCCUGGUGGAUGGGAGAAACACAGCAGUGAGAAAUAUCCUCUAGUCCUGAACACAGCAGUCUGUACCCUUACUAACCUGCUCUGCAACUCCUCCAAGCAGAGGGGUGAAAUUCACAGACCGAAGCGAGGAGAACGCGUUCGUUCAACAUGUAACUGUUUUCAAGCGUCUCCUUUUUUGUAAUGUUUAAGAACUUAAAUAAAAAAAAGUAAAACAAACCACAUUUCUUCUUUUUUUUUGAUCAGUUUAGUUUGCUAGAGGGAGGUCAGGUAACCUGUUAUGAUAUACGAGAGCUGAGAUCAAUUCUGUUUUUCAAUUUUCUUUUUAAAAAAAUCAAUUUCCAAUCCGCCCCUCUUAAUCAGUCCCAGCCCACGUCUUAGAAAGGGGAGAGAAAUUAUUAUUAUUAUUAGAAGCUUAAUCCAGGGGUGGCUAAUCAAUCCCAGCACUGAAGUGUCAUGAUUCAACUCCAGGCAUGGCUAACAGAAAAAGAAAAAUGUGACCAUUAAACUUCUUCAGGGUCUGGAGCUUUUUGAGUAAUUAAUUGAAUUAAUUCAAUAAUUAAAACAAUUUAGAACUGGGUUCUUGGGACAAAAUUUUAGACAACCCGUUCGCUUGCUUUGGCUUUUAAGGGAGGUGGGGCAGAGUUCUGCCGAUCGCACCUUCCCUUUAAGAGGGGGAGAAAGGGCGUGGUUUUGCUGAGCAAUCGAAUCAUCAAAUCAAACUGUUUCAAAAUGCUUCAGAUUUUAAAUAAUGAAACACACACACCAGUGAUGUACACUGUGAGCAAAUAAAAGUGACUUUCAAAUUGA